AUGAAGCUCUCCGACACUGUUAUCGUCGCCUGUGUGACUCUUCUCCCCGUCGCCCUUGCCGCGGACUAUAGUGCUGGAUGCAGUGACAAAAAUAUGGGCGAGUCCAUGUGCGGUGGGAUCGGUCACAGACGCCUCAGACGAUGCUACAAAGGCUUGUGGAGAAACUUUCAAUGCCCGAGAGGAUGCACUCCAAUUCCUUUUGCCCAGUGCUCGACAUACGAAUUUACUUGGAUGGUUGACCCACCCGUAAAUCUGACUGUCGCCACAAACAUCACCGUGCCCGCCGAUUUGACUGUCGCAAACAACUCAACGGAGCUGCCCGUUCACUAA